GUACCCCCAAACCAAAAUCCUCAAAAUUAUACCAAAACUUCCCUGUCAAUUGAAUGAACGUCAAGCCUAAUCCUGAGAAAAACAUUGUACCCAAAAAGAAGUUAAAUGAAAAGAUCUUGAAAAUCAUGUAAUACUAAACUAUGCUACAGAAAAUAUUCGCUGGAAUUUAUUAGGAUUUCGCCAUGUACCAGUACUACUGGAAAUUGUCAUCUUUUGUCCGGGGAAUUCAACAGCACUGAUUCAAUCAGGAAUUACCGGACCGACAGUUUUCAAUUCUGUGAUGUAAAUCGCUGUUCAGAUGCUCAAAAGGGUGUCCUUCCUUCCUCUCCCUGUAAGUUAUAUGAGGAGGAACCUGCUCUGAAACAUCACAUUUCAUAGCUUUUCUGUAAGUUCUGUUUUUUGUGGGUUUUCUCUGCUGUCUGUGUUUUUUCUCUGCAGUGCAGAUCUUACAAAUUGGGUAAAGGAGAUGAAAGAUAAGGUUCAGGGGACCAAAAGAAUGGCAAUGAAUGUAAGCAAGAUGAAAUCUAUUCUCAAGAAAUGCCAAAGCUUUGGUACUUCAAAGAGGUCUUACAGCAAUGUGAAUUGGAAUCCCAUGUUCCAUGAUGAUGUGAAUGAAGAAGCAGAUGAGAUUUCAGUGCCAGAUUAUGCAGAGGGCAGACCCUCAAGCCUCAUUCAGGCAGGCAUCUUGGAUGAAGUUCCCAAGGGAUGUAAGGCUGUGUAUGUGGGGAAGUCCAGGAGAAGGUAUUUCAUCAGUGCCCACUAUCUCAAUCAUCCAUUGCUCAGGGUUCUUCUUCACAGAUGUGAGAAGGACAAUGAGGAGCAAUUCUCUGUGUGCUGUGAGGUUGUCAUGUUUGAGCAUCUAGUAUGGAUGUUGGAGAAUGCAGAUUUCAGUGACUCUUUUGAAGAGCUGGUGGAGUUUUAUUCUUCCAAUUAGUUCACUGGUUUAGUGCUAGGUUUUUAUCAUUAGGUUUCCCCAUGGAUGCUCUGUAAUGGAAGUUUCAGAGAGGUUUAGCAGUAUUGCAGAGAUCUGAACCGUACCCAGAUUGAAAUAAGUUAAUAGAGUUCUCUCAAGCAGAAAGUACUCGGAUCUGGUGGCCCAGAUUAAAAUUAGUUUCAAAGAGCUCUCUGAAGCAGAGAAUACUGAAAUCUGGAGCAUCAGACUGAAAUAAGUUUCAAAGGGUUUUUCUGAAUCAGAUGAUACUGAGAUCUGAACAGCCCAAAAGUCGAAUCUAUGAAGAUGAAUGUGAGUUGAAUUUUUAGUUCUAAUUAUGAUCUUGUGUGUGCAAAAUGUAAGCUCUUUCUGUGUUUGCAAAAGCAGAGCAUUAUUUUUUUUUAUGUUCCAAAUUUCUGCAUAAAUGUAAUUAUCAGCAUAAUGAUCAAUCUUAGUUUUUUAAUUACAUAUGCCA